UAAAUGAUUCGUAAGAAAUUUUUCAGUGUAAAUACUGUUAUUGAUAUCGUCGCUUCUGUUUGUGUAACAGCAUGAAAAUUCGAUAGGAACGUAUGAAGGUCAAUUUAUGAAAAUUUAUUUAGAAUGAAAAGUGAAUAACAUUUUCAAAGUGUGGCGUUUUAACAUUUAAAGGAAAUACAAAAGUUUCUUUCAUUCCGAGCGAUCGGUAUCUAUAAGUGAAGAAAUUGUAAGUAAUAAAAUAAAUUUUACGAUGAAUAAUGUGAAGAGCGAUCGAUGGCAACUAGAAGAGAAGAACAACAACAACGGUCAAAUACGACAAUUCUAUGCUGAAAAAAGAAUUCUACUGAGCGGGGCUACCGGUUUCUUUGGCACCUGCAUCUUAGAAAAACUUCUACGCACUUGCUUGGAAAUAGAUAAGAUUUACGUGCUAAUUAGACCUAAGAAAAAUAUGAGCAUCAAGGAACGAAUGAAAAAUUACUUUGAAAAUACCGCAUUCGACACGUUACGUAAAAUAAAUCCUAAUUUCAUGUCAAAAGUGGAGCCAAUCUAUACUGAUUUGAUAAAAGACGACUUGGCCAUUUCACCAGAAGAUCGCCAAUAUCUAAGACAGAACGUCGACAUAAUAAUUCAUAACGCGGCAGAAGUGUCCUUUUCUGCAACAGUGGCCUCCACCUUGAGGAUAAACGUUUUUGGUACCAAAUACAUGCUGGACUUAGCGGCAGAAUGUUUUCACUUGAAGGCGUUCUUAUACGUUUCGACUGCGUACUCUAAUUGUUACACCAAAGACAUCGAAGAAAAAUUUUACCCACCUCCGGCUGAUCUGAAAAUGAUCGAGGACAUGAUACGAUCUGACGAAGAAGCUAAAUACGGAAUGAGCGAUAGUGCAGUGCGUCAGAUGAUAGGAAAAUGGCCUAACGUGUACACUUUUAGCAAAUCCAUGGCCGAAAGUCUCGUUCAGAAUUUCUCACACGCAUCGGCUAUGUGCGCUAUCUUUAGACCUUCGAUAGUUGUGGGAUCGUAUGAGGAGCCAGUACCAGGAUGGAUUGGAAAUCAAAAUGGACCUGCAUUAAUGUUCAUUGCAAUGAGCAUGGGUUUAGUACACGCUGCACGCGUCCUAGAAAAUUGUAUCAUGGAUGUCGUUCCAGUUGACUUGGCGGUUAACGGUCUUUUGGCAUCCGUCUGGGAUUUGUGUGUCCGCAAGCAAUCGAAAGGACCACAAGUAUACAAUUAUGGUUCGUCUUUCUGGAAACCUGUUCAUCUGUUAGGAUACAGAAAAUUAUACAACGAGAUAAUGGAGGAAUAUCCAUUGAAUAAUACAGUUUGGUUUCCAUUUACUGUAUUUACUGAAAAUUUAUAUCUUUUCUUCGUGCUUCAUUUCUUCCUUCACGUUAUUCCCGCUGCAUUCAAUGAUUUGUUUUGCGUGCUUUUGGGAAAGGGAGCCAAGGGUUUAAAACUAGUGGUAAAGUUUACAAAAUAUUUCACGACCAUAGAUCAUUUUACUAAUUUCAACUGGAUUGUGGAAGUGGAAAACACUCAAAAUAUUCUUAUUUAUAUGAAUAGUACUGAUUACAAAGAAUUUUCUUUCGACCUGGGAAGACUGGACUGGAAUAGAUGUAGCAGGCACUAUUUUCUUGGUAUAAAAAGGAAUUUACUAAACGAACCGUUAGACCAGGUUUCAGCUGCCAGAAAAAGAUUACAAAGAUUGAAAAUAUUACACUACACUGUCAGCAUCAUUUUUCUACUUUCCGUACUUUUUAUUACAUAUAAAAUAAUAUGUAAUGUUUUUUGUUAUCAAUAAUAGAUGUAAUAAAUACAUGCUCUUAUAUUUUCAUAUAAAAUCUAUGAUUUGUUGAUAAUACAAGAAUAAAAGG